GUGGAAGGACUCCAUCAGUACGGCCCCAUGUGGAAGGCAAGCUUUGGCCCCAUCCUGACAGUUUACGUGGCCAAGCCGGAGCUCAUAGAGCAGGUCCUGAGGCAGGAGGGCCAGUACCCCAUGCGCUCCAACCUGUCCUCCUGGAAGGACUACAGGAAGCUCAGAGGACUCCACUGCGGACUCUUGACGGCUGAGGGUGAGGAGUGGCAGGAGGUGCGAAGUCUCCUGGGGAAGCACAUGCUGCGACCGAAGGCAGUGGAAGUUUACGACAAGACCAUGAACGGCGUCGUCGAUGACCUCAUUGCCAAGCUUCGCCACAGCCGGAGCUCUCAGGGCCUGGUCACCGACAUCUCCAGCGAGUUCUAUCGCUUUGGUCUCGAGGGCAUUUCCUCGGUGCUGUUUGAGUCCAGAAUCGGUUGUUUGGAUUCGGUCGUUCCAGAGGAGACGGAGCGUUUCAUCCAGUCCAUUAAGACCAUGUUUGUGAUGACCCUGAUCACCAUGGCCCUGCCAAACUGGUGCUACCAGUUUUACCCCAAACCCUGGAAUGACUUUUACCAGUGCUGGGACUACAUGUUUGAGUUUGCAAAGGGUCACAUCGACCAGCGGAUGGCCGCUGAUGCUGACAGGAUCGCCCGAGGAGAGACGGUGGAGGGGCGUUACCUCACCUACUUCCUGUCACAGACCAAGCUGCCCAUGAAGACCAUCUACAGCAACAUCACCGAGCUGCUCCUCGCCGGAGUCGACACGAUCUCCAGCACCUUGUCCUGGACGUUGUACGAGCUGUCCCGUCACCCAAAGAUCCAGGCUGAGAUCAGGAAGGAGGUGCUGACGGUGCUGGGGGGUCRGAGGAUCCCCGUGGCCGCAGACGUGGCCAACAUGCGUCUCCUGAAGGCCACGGUCAAAGAGGUGCUCAGAUUGUACCCAGUCAUCCCUGCUAACGCAAGGGUCGUUCCAGAGAGAGACAUCCAGGUUGGAGGCUACAUCAUUCCAAAAAAUACUUUAAUUACCUUGUGCCAGUUUGCAACAUCACGGGACCCCUCCGUGUUUCCAAAUCCAAAUGACUUCCAUCCGUACCGCUGGUUCAGUAAGGACCAGUCUCAUCACCCGUACGCCUCCAUUCCCUUCGGCGUGGGGAAGCGCAGCUGCAUCGGUCGCCGGCUCGCGGAGCUGGAGCUGUAUCUUGCUCUGUCACGGAUCCUGACUGUGUUCGAUGUGAAGCCGGAUCCAAGGGGAGUUUCUGUAAAGCCCAUGACCCGAACCCUUCUAGUCCCUAAAGAUGUCAUCAACCUGCAGUUUAUCGAACGAUGACCCGCUCGUUUCUCCUGAUCUUUGUCAUUUUGCACCGUGAGUCGUCGUUUCCUCCCCACCACCCCCUCCAACCUAUCCUGGGAGCUGGACCGGUGGCAGGCAUCGUUAUCACGGGAACCAUGAGGCAGGUCUUCAGCCUUUGACCCAGAAAGAUGGACUAACCUGCAGCCCAGGGAAGCACAGGCAGGACUGACAUAGUUUUUUUUUUUCUUACUUUUCUGGGUCAGGUGUUGUGACUAAACUCAUGCAGUUUUUUUUAAAACCCAUGCUCACUAAACAAGUGAUCAAGUUACUUUUGCACAGGUAAAAACUUACGUUUUUGGACUGAAAUUUAAUCAGACAAAGCUGUUUUUUUUUUCUUUUUACAAAAUCUGCUCUAACACAGCUGUGGUCAGAGUUGAUUUUCCAGGAAACAUGUUCUUCCUACAUUGUUAAAUACAGGAUCAGUGAUUUCCUGUGUCCUGCUGCUAACAUUGGACUUAAAGAACAUGUCGGCAGAGGUUCGAGAACACGACAGUCACGGAAUAUAAACUGGAGUUUCUUGGA